AUGUGGGAGGAGCAGGCUGCAGGAGAAUGGCCAAGACGAGGAAUCAUGCGCUGCGUGGUUAUCGUGAGGGAGAGGACUGCCCACAUCUACUUCCCAACCGGAGAAGACGUGGUAGCUCAGCUUCCCUUCCGAUUUCUGGCUUGCUGGCCGCUCGAUCAGGGACUGCUUUUACAGCGAGAACUUGAACGCAGAGAAGUCAAAAAGUCUAUGCGGAGCGUUCUCCCACCGGCAGCCGGCGCAAGUGUUCUCGACACCCUAGCGGAGGUCGAGGAAUCGACCCCAGACAUUCCGCGACUGUACACUCUGCUUGACGUGAUGAGCGAGAUGCAGUACGUCGCGGACGGACGAGUGAACGGCACGGGAGACAACGCCAGGCUCGUUCCUGCUGCUCCGCUCUCUUUUGUUCCGCCGACACAGAAUGUCCUUUUCGUGUCUGACAACCCAUAUCCUUUCGUGGUCACCUAUGACACGGCCGACAACACGAUCGUAUUCUACCGGCGAGUCAAGAUCCCGAUCGAGGAGGAGGAGCUGCCGACUCCGGCUACUACUGCUCGUCAUCUGCAUCCUCAAGAGCUCUUGGCCCAGAAUCAAAUGUCUCCGCGGGAGCUCUCGGACGCGACAUCCUCACGGCCAAGGCGAAGCGGCCGGAUAUCGCUGCCUCGAGAUCCACAAGCCGAAAGGCGACUGUCUGAGGCAGCUCCUGAUCCUUUGGAUCGCACCCACCGGAAAUCUGCUCGCUUUUCCAUCGGAAGUGACUUUGCCGUGUCUGCGACGGAGCCUCCCUCGUUCAACCUCACCAAUGGAGAGCGACCAUCUCGCCGACCACGGAACAGCAACGCGUCAGAGCGAUCACGACGAAUGUCGAACAAGGCCCCAGACUUCGGUGAUUUCGCCAAGACUGCCCUUCAUAUGGUCGCCGAAGAUCUGCGGGAGACCACGAUGCUCAUGGGUCUCGACGAGGACGCCAAGCGGAGCGAUAGAAGCGAGAUUGUGUUCGACCGGGUAUGGUCUUGGAAGCCGAAUUCGCCAAUUGAUUGCGACACUGCUCGAGUCUUCAUCUCAGAGAACCUAACUCCGGAGAGCGUCUUCUUGAACCUCCUUCUCACUAGCGAUGGAAGCACAACUCUUUUCACAUUCCACGUCGAGCUGCGCUCGGAGCGGUAUAUCUUCACAGAGGUCCAGGCAACACCAUGUCUCGCUGCAGCACCCAUCAAGUCUACUAGACCGGCCCUAUACGACAACUUGGUGCUUACCUUGGAUGGUGAACUGGUGAUUGACACGUGUGGUCUCAGUGCGCGGAUACCGGUUGGCGUCCCGAAUGUAGUGCCGACCGAUGGCCGGGACGAAGUCGCCCGGAAACUCGCAAUCAGCCUUAGUAUGGUGCGCGAUGCUGGAAGUGAUACCGACCCGAGAAUCAUUGAUCUCGUUGACGCGGUGGACUCAAGGGUGACAGCUGUGUACAGCGAUGGCGAUCGGGCGCGGCUCGGUCUGGACUUCACGCUCCCAAACGGUCUUACAAGACGGUGUCUGGAGGCAUUGGUCUACGCUCUUCCUCACAAUGAGUUUGCUGAGUUUUUGCGAGACUUCUUGCUCAACCUGCAAGGGCAACGGCUCACCUCCGAGGUCCAGUGGGACACGUUCGCCAGCGUGCUUUGCUCUAAGUGCGGGCUUGGCGGCUCAGCAGAUAAAAAGGAUAUCCUCUUCAGCCCCAGCAUCAGUGGAGACGCGGCGUUGAAUCGCUUGGCGAAGCGCCUUCGCUUGCCUCCGGAAAGCAAGUCGUCGGCUAGCCCGGUCACUCCAGUGCCGAGUGCAGAGCAGGUCCUCUUGCUUCUUCACAUUGUGGCCCAAGACUGCCGCCUUGCCUCGUCCACUGAGUGUGAUUUGCUGUCUCUGGCACCUCUUCUCAUGCGCUUCGCUUCAGCGCUUGGACGCUCAGAUUGGCUCGACUACUGGCGGCGUCUGGUUCCCGCUGCAAUGGAGAGAGCAACACUUGCGCCUCAAGGAACGGCUCAACCUUUCGUAAUGCCCAUUCUGGCAGAUACACAGGCGCUCGGAAAGCCCGACCCUUGGCGUCAGACCGAGCUCGUUGGAGAAAUCUAUCAAGCGCUCUCCCCGAAGCCAGGAGUUACGGUGGAAGAGCGUGCACGUAGCACGGUCUCGGCGAUGAUGGAUCGCAAUCUCUCUGCAGCUUGGCUCGCAGAUUUGCCCUUCGGCGUUGCCAUGCCCAUCAUGGAGAUGGUUCGGGUCGUUCAAGCCAAUCCAAGCAUGGACCAGCCUCCCGCAUACUAUGCGUUCAUCAACCGGCCUGAUCUGGCUGCCAUCUACGACCACGAUCGUAUUACGACCGACUUACCGGUGGGACCAGAAGCGUCGUCUGAUAGUAUGCCAACGGUUGGCGACAUCGUCAAGAACACCGGGGACUGGAAGGCGGUGUCGUUCACGUCUUUGCCACACGUCCGUUUCGGCCUCGAUCGUCGUCUGGACGAGGUGGAACGCAUCAUGCAAACCACAAGGCUGCGCACGGUCGCUCUGGACGAUCCGAAAGGCGUCAGCAGAGGAAUGUUCACAUAUGGUUCGAGGUCGACGGCCAUCACCGACACCUGGAGUGUGCAGCCGAUUGAGCUUACUGUCAAAGUUCUUCCCCGCAAGGAGGUGAUUAAAGCGCAGUUGGCCAACGAUUGUGUUGACUGGCCGUGCUUCCACAAUGGAGUGUCUGCUGCGCUUGCCUUCUCCCCAGACUGCGAGGGCAUCACGGCAUCGUGGAUCAUGUCUAACCGACCGAAGACAUUCACGUCUGAGCAUGGUGGAUUCCUGCUUGGCCUAGGUUUGAAAGGCCACUUGCGUACUUUUGGAUCAGUCCAUGCUCUGACUUACCUGGAGCCCCGUCACGAUUUCACAUCUAUCGGGCUGUUGCUCGGACUCGGUGCGUCCUUCGCUGGGUCUACCGACACGAUGGUCACGAAAAUGCUGUCUCUGCACACCCAUGCACUCCUCCCGCUGGGCUCGAUGGACCUCAACCAGUCGGCUCUGGUGCAAUCUGCUGCGCUCGUUUCUCUCGGACUGGUGUACGCUGGGAAGAAGAACCACCGAAUGGCCGAGGUGACCUUGAAUGAAAUUGGCCGUGACGAGAUGCCAGGCGUCGAUGGGUUCAGCGAGUACAAGGAAGCAUACAGCUUCAGUGCCGCCAUGGCGUUUGGUCUGAUCAAUCUCGGAAAAGGAGGUCAAACGAGCAGUGAGACGGAGCGUCAGUUCCUUGCCAAGCUCAUGCCCUGCAUCCAUGGUGAAGCUCCGAGCAUCGACGGCUUACCCGAGAAGCGCAAACACCGAUAUAUCGAUUCCACGAUCACAUCCCCGGGAGCGACGCUGGCUUUGGGUCUCAUGUACCUUCGGACCGGAAGAAAGGACAUAGCUGAUAUCUUGGAGGUUCCGCAGACCCCAAUUGCGCUCGAAAGCGUGCGGCCGGAGCAGCUGCUUAUUCGCACGUUCGCCCGCUCACUCAUCAUGUGGAAUGAUGUCCAAGGUACCAUGGAGUGGGUCGACGAGCAGCUUCCAGCGUUCAUCCAGUCUCUGCACCACAAGCACAAGCGCACCAGUGGUAUGGAGCUUAACACCGAACUCGCCUACCUGAACAUUGUCGCUGGAGCUUGUCUCGGCAUCGGUCUGCGAUACGCCAGCACGGCCAAUGAAGCCGCCCACUCGGUCAUCUUAACAUUCUUUGGUGUGUUAGGCAAGGCUGCUGCCGGCCAAAGCAUGACCUACGAGGGUCGCAUCCGACGCAACGCCGCCCGACAGGCUCUGAAUAUCGUCACUCUGGCACUGGCCGUCCUGAUGAGCGGUACCGGCGAGCUUGGAGUGCUUCGCCGUCUGCGUGUCAGCCACGGUCAGGAAGGUGCUGGAGUCACGUAUGGCUCUCAUAUGGCCAUGCACAUGGCGCUUGGUCUGCUCUUCCUCGGCCGUGGAUACUACACGCUGGGAAACUCCAACCUGGCCAUCGCUGCCAUGGCCAUCUCAUUCUUCCCCCGAUUCCUUCCUGGGCCGAGCGAUAACAAAGCCUACCCCCAGGCAUUCCGACACCUUUGGGCAUUGGCCGUCGAGCCGCGUUGUCUCAUUGCGCGCGAUGUCGAUACGCAGGAAUCGAUCUUCCUCCCGAUCAAGGUUAAGACUCGUGGUCAUGAGGGAGAUCAGAGCUUAAUCUCGCCCACACUCGUCGCUCCCUUCGAGAUGAUCGAGACCAUCAUUGUCGACUCCCCGCGGUACUGGCCUGUACAGCUCAACUUGGACAACAAGCAUCAUCGCGCGAGUCUGGUACAAACUCGAACGAUCUGGGUCAAGCGUAAGGCGGGCUUCCUGGACUAUUCCGACGAUCCGCGUGGCUACCGAUCCAUGUUCGUCAGAGCAGGCACCAUGUCGGGCUUCGACUUGCACUACGAUCUUCUAUCCCCUGCGGCGCCGUUGCAGCCGCCAGUCUCCGAGGUUGUUUCGGUCAUCGAAGCGCACGCGGACAAUCCAGUCUACGUUAUGAUGGCCCAACAAUUCUCGGGCGACUCUACGUUCGAGACCUUCUUGCGCUCAGUCCUGCUCGAGUGCAUCUCGUUAGACAAGCCGGAAAUCAUCAGCAGCUACCUGUCUAUGGUGCUCGCCAAGCCUGGCCCUCUCUCAGUAGAGCAUCUCACACAGCUGAGCUUCCUGUCUCGCUUCUACUGCUCGGCUUUGUUCGAUAAGUACGCUACCGACAGGAGGCACCCCCUAUUGCGCCAGCCCUUCAUCCAGGCGCUGGAGCGCAAGUUUGCAGAGGAAGACGCCGGCAGCCACCAUCGAUCAGGACGCGACGUCAACGUGCGCAACUACUUCCUGGGCAAGGCUGUACAGCCUACGGCUGCCCAGGCACUCGCUAUUCAGUUGUUGCGCCAGAAUGUUCCGCCUCUGGCAUUGCUCGAGGCGCUCCGCCAGCGCGCCGCGAGCGCGAACACGACCUUGGACGCCCUGGAGCUGCGUACUCGGGCUGUAGUGGAAGCUUUCUUGAAGACGACUCCACCAUGGUUAGGCGACCAUGCCGAAGCACCGAGCUGCCCGGAGUCGCAGGUGUGGAAGCUAGAUAGCAUGAGGGAAGCGCUCGGUGCGUGGACGAGCGCCGAGUUGUGA